GCCCCCAAAGAAUAUGGAAAAGCUAUAGCGACAGAUUCUGCUGUGCUCUCUCUCUUUGAAGCUUCUUGUCUCACACUCCCCGGUCCUCUUCCAUGGCCGACAAAAAGGUUCAGCGUCCGGAGUUUUUCAAAGUUUACAUUCCCCACAUCAACUCCAAGAUUUUGCAUCUCCCUCUCGGGUUUGUCCGCUAUAUACCGCAGCCGCAUUCUGACACAGCCAUUAUCAGAAACCAAAGCGGCAACUCCUGGAGAGUCGGGUUCACCAGAAGGGAUGGAUUCGCAUGUUUCGAAAGUGGAUGGGCGGAUUUCGUUCGGGACAAUGAGCUCAAACCUAGUGAAUUCAUGGUGUUUGUGUAUAAAGCACCGUGCACGUUUCUUGUAAGUAUAUAUGGGGUCUCUACCUGUAGGGAGAAGAGAGGCCAGGUGGCGAUCUGCGAGAUUCUGAGAGACGAUGAGGAAGAUGAGAGUGAGACCUCCGAUGAGGAAUUUGUUCCUCAACAGACACCAAGAUCGAUAAAACUCGGGAAGUGUAAGAUGGGUCUUGAGAAAGGAAAGUCCAGGAGGCCUUUGCAAGUAGGUCAAGGAUCAUCGGCUCGUCCUGAAGCGGGUCCUGCUGUAGAACCGGAGCUGUAUCUGGAUAAUCCUUCCAACCUUUUCUUUGUGACGGGGCUCAAGAACAGAAACUUCGAGUUGUUGGUGCCUUCUAGAUUGAUGAAGGACUUCAACUUGAAGUUCUCUGAAAACCUAACAUUCAUCGACCCUAUCGGGACAAUACCCGCGAGAAGGGCGCGUUGGAGGGAUAACCGCGUCUGCCUCAAGGAAUGGACCCGUGUCUGCAGAAGGAACAACCUGAAGGCCGAAGACAAAGUGAUCUGCGAGCUUAAGAAAACGGGACAUGAGGUUGAAUCCAUCAAAGUUCAUAUCAUCCGAAAAGAAGAAUAGGUAAUUAAUCCUCUCGAGUUCGUCUUCUGCUUCAAGAAAGUUUCUGACUUUUGCUUGCUGGUUAUCGAUCUUAAGUUAGGAAGUGGAACAUGUGUUUCAACUGAUCUGAAUUCACGGUCUUGUCAGUGACUUGAAGUCAUUUUA